AUGGCGCUCAGAUCAGCGAUCGUGCGUGUGAAGCGUCAAAGGGAUGAGGCCGCAUGUCCCGAGCUCGUGCUCGAGGCGACUACCCGCCAUCGCCGAGCCGCCGACCUGGCGCAACAGCUUGCGGGAGGCAUGGGCCUGGCGGAGCCGCCGGCUGCAGGUGCCGAGGGCGAGGCCGCGCCCGACGCCGGGCCAGCAGCUGCAGGGGCUGGCGACGAGCCGCGGGCAGCAAAGCGGUGCAGGUUCAUGCGCGUCGCCACGCGCAGCGCGGUAGAGUUUGAGGUGCGCGCUCCCACGCGCAGCGCGGUAGAGUUUGAGGGCCUGACAGCCCAGGAGCUCUGGCGGCAGCUCGCUGCACAGGCAGAGGGCGCGCCUGGCGCAUGGCCGGCUGGCUUGGCGCAUCAGGCGGGCGCCGGCGCGGCCGGCCCCGCAGAUGGCAGCGGCAGCGGCGGCGGCGGCGAGGGGGCGCGGAUCGUGGACCUGGUGCAGCUGGCGACUGGCCGGUUGGUGCUGCAGCGGCCGCCCGGCGCGGCGCCCCAGCUCCGCGCCGGCCGCGCGCGGCCGCGGAGCGCGGGCGACCGCGAGGGCGCGGCAGGCGCAGGGGCGCUGGGGCGGCGGCAGGAAGGCGAGGGGGCGCCGGGAAUCUGCAUAGAGAUGGUGGAGGAGUAUCUUCAUCAAGGCGGAGGCGCAGAGCAGCAGCAGCGCGGGCACCACACUGUUGGCGGCCACGGUGGCGCCGCGGGCGAGGGCCGCUCACUCAAGCGGCCGAGCAAGCGGCGCGCCGGCGCGCCGCCCGGCGGCGCAGCGCAGCCGCCGCUGCAUCGGCAGGAGGUGGUUGCAGGGUCUGCAGCGGCAGCUGAAGGGGGCUUGCAGCAGCAGCAGCAGCAGCAGCAGCUGCUGCCCGGGUGGGCAGCCAGUGGGAGUGGUGUGGCCGGCUCGCACGAGCAGGCAGCCGCGACUGCUUUUGUGUAUGACAUGUACAUCGCAGCCGGCGAGGAGCAGGAGGGCGGCGCAGCAGACGCGGCGGCGCCGGAGGACGCAGCGGGUCGCCAGCGGGACCAGGAGGGCGACGAGACAAUGGCAGGCAGCGGCGGCGGUGGCGCUGCUGCGGCUGGGGCUCGGCGGGCACAAGGGGGCGUGGCGGGGGCCGACGUGCCCAUCAUUGAGGUGUCUGAUGACUGGGACGACGAGGACGGGCUGGAUGCUGCCGCUGUCCCUGUAAAUUCAGAUCACGACAGCGACGACUCAAACGCCGAGUCGUACUACGCCAACAGCUACCCUGAUGAGGAUCAGGGACUGGGAGAAGACACCGAGGAGGGCGGCGAGGAGGUGGAGGCAGGCGGUGCCUUUGGCGGCCCGGCACACCCGGGGCUGAUUGCAGACUCCGAAGCCGAAGACGGCAGCGGCGACGGCUCCGACGGCGGCUUUGGCGGCGGGCGGAGCCGGCGGCGGCGCGCGGGCCGCGCGGGCGUCAUCAGCGACGGCGAUGACGAGGAGUUUGAUCUGGAUGACUACGACGAGGACGCGGAGAUGCUGGCGCAGUACGCAGCGGCGUCGGCGUGGCGGCAGCAGCUGGUGUCGCGCGCGGGGUUCCCGCCGCCACCGCCGCUGCCAAAACAAUAG